AUGGAAGCAGACACCAAUGGUCGGCAUUUGUUUGUCCUUUCUGCUCAUCAUCGUAAUACUACAGCAGAUGAUUUGAGCGCGAUGACUCAUUUGCUAGUGGACUCAUCAGUGACAUACAUCCCAGAGAAUGCCUGUUUUGCUUCUACUCAGCUGUGCCAGGUCACGUUUGCGGAACGCCUGCCUCUUUCGCCCGACGGCUCUUGGCGCAGAAAUCAGGAACUGUUUAUCGGAUCUCGAGCAUUCAGUAUCAAUGAAUCAUUGCAAGAACUCAGUUUGCCAUCAUUUGUGACAACCAUCGGCGAUGAUGCCAUAUCGAACUGUCAUGCGUUGACCAAGGUGACGCUUUCGGAAGGAUUAAGGCACAUUGGAAGUCGUUCCUUUUACAACUGCAUAUCUUUGAAAGAAAUUGGCGUUCCGUUUACAGUGGAAUUCAUUGGUCAUUCCGCGUUUGCCCACUGCAGAAGUUUGGCGAGAGUGAAGCUGCCAGAAGGCUUGAAAAAAGUUUCCCACGCCAUGUUCUUGAGCUGUGUUUCAUUGCCAGAGUUGCUGCUUCCAUCAACUGUCGAAGAGAUUAUAGCGGCGGCUUUUCUUGGCUGUCGAGCGCUCGAGUACAUUCCUUUUCCAAGAGGAUUGAAACGGAUCGAGAGAGAAUCCUUUCGAUGCUGCGUGUCCCUCUUCGCGGUCUCCAUUUCGACGACGACGGAGGACAUUGCGAAGCGUGCGUUUUCGAGUUGCACGAAUCUCACAGCAUUCCAUAUUCCAGCUGGUUCCACUGUGAAAUUUCAUGAAAGGUCGUUCGAAGAUUGUUGCUCGCUGAUGAAUAUUGCCAUUCCUGAAUCGAUGAGUCUUGAUGACGAUGCAGCAGUCGAAGCAAAAACCUUUCAAGGUUGCUCAAGGUUGGAAGGUGCAUUUGGUCAAGGGAUUGAAGAAGGAUUGCAACGAAGAUUUCUUGACCUUCCACUUCAUAAGCUAUGUUAUGAUCCACUGGCGAGAACGGAGGGAGUAGAUCACAUGUUGGCAACAUUGGUUUCCACCGCCGCUGCCAAGAAGAUCGACCACCUUGGCAUGAGUCCAUUCCACAUACUUACCUCGUCUGCAAACCUUCGAGAGGAUAUUUUCAAAUACAUUCUUUCCGGACUCGAUUAUCUCGAAGCGUAUCAAUGUUGUUGGCAGAAAGAUUACCAAGGCAAGACUUGUAUCGACUACUUGCUGGAGCAACCCCGGCGAUCCAAUGAAGUGUCGAACUCCAUGAUUCAAAUGAUCCUCAAGAAAUCAGUGCAGGAUCGAUUGCUGGGUUGGGGUUUGGAAAGCUGGCGAUUGGAGAUGUCUGGCACCAUUGAUCGGAUAUGCACGAAUGAGGAUGCCGACGCAAACAAGGAAUUGGUGGACGAAUUGUACCAGAAAAUGUCGAAGUAUGAGGAGCAUGAGAACAUAUCUAUGUUAGAACUAGCAUUGUGGAAGAAGGAGUUGCAGUCUAUUAAAAGACUGGAAAACUUGCAGCUUUCAUUGGAUCGGCUUUCUUUUCGUAUCAGAUGUGGUACAGCUGUCGCAAUACCACACGUGAUGGCGUUUCUCUAG